UGUCAAGAUAUUACAAGUUGCAGGAAAGCAAGAAAGUUGAGGAUCUCCAUUUGUUUUAUAUUUUAAAUAUCAAGAUGACAUCUACAGAGCCUAUGUAUUGUUCUCAACAGAUAAAGAUACCACCAGAGUUACCAAAUAUAUUAAAACAGUUCACAAAAGCAGCGAUCAGAACACAACCAAAAGAUGUUUUGCAGUGGUCUGCAGCGUACUUUGAUGCAUUAAAUAAAGGGGAACAGCCUCCAGUAAAAGAGAGACUAGAUUAUAAACUCGGCCAACCACUGGAUAACCCAGUAACAAAAGGGGCACUGGCUGUUCUCCACAAGCAGCUUGGAAAUAAACCAGUUGUUGAACUUUGCAAAGUUGAAGAAAAAUGGAAUGCAUUGUGUUUACCAAAAACGAAUUUGGAUGAAGUUAUGAGGUUAGGAAGUUUUGGUGAAGAAUUCAACUGGCUACAAUUUUUGGCUUUGGCCUGCAGUACUAUAAACUCGAACCUGACCUCAACAAUGCAAACGAUAUGCGACAUGAUCACAAAAGACCUUGAAGGGGGACCAUCAAGAAUAUCAUUUAAGAAAUUCAAACUAUUGUACACGUACCUAGCUGAAGUUGAUGGUGACAUCUCUGCAGAACACGUGGCUUCUGUUCUCGAGCAUUUGUCAUCUGACGCCGAUCGACAGCAAGGCAAGGUUGGACCAGGGAAUUUCAUGAACGAUGCAUGCCCGAGACUUGCACCCGAAUCGUCUUGAUGUGUCUUUAUUUAUUUUUAUGUUGUAAAUACCAUUUCGUAUAUAUUGAUUUGAAGUUUUAUUUGAAGUUCUAUCUCGUCAUUUUUUGUAGAUAGUAUCAGACGUGUAUUCCAGCUAUUUGGCUUGAAAAUCUUA